AAAAACCAGUGGAAUUUUGUGUUAAAACGCAUCGGAUACCGGACAGGACAGUAGGACAGUUCAGAUUUGAGUUCUACGGAUUUCUUUUCUGCUAGUGAAUUGAGUGAAUCAUCAUUUACAUGUGGUGUGAAGCCGGCUGGCAAAAGGAAGGAUAAAAUAACGUUAAAACCAUUUUUCGUCGUUAAUAAAAUAAUUAAUAAUGCAUCAAGAAACACUGCAGCUUAUUCGGAUAUUGGAAAAAACAGUUUCACCAGAUAAGAAUGAAUUAGAACAAGCUUCAUCAUUCCUUGAACAAGCUGCCGCUACAAACUUACUUGAAUUUAUAAAAACUUUAUCUGAAAUUCUUCGACAUGGGGGCAAUAGUCCUGUCGCAAGAAUGGCUGCUGGUCUUCAACUUAAAAAUCAACUUACUUCCAAGGACCCGACAAUUAAAUCUACUUAUCAACAUAGAUGGCUAGCUUUUCCAGAAGAAAUACGAACUUAUAUAAAGAAAAAUGUUGUCGGAGCUUUGGGAACAGAAAGUAAUAGACCUUCAUCAGCUGCACAGUGUGUAGCUUAUAUAGCAGUAGCUGAACUACCUCAGAGACAAUGGCCAGAUCUUAUCGCUACUCUUGUAAGCAAUGUUUGCCAGGCAAAUUCCACAGAAAUUCAAAAAGAAGCAACUCUAGAAGCUAUUGGUUAUAUCUGUCAGGAAAUAGAUUCUGAUGUACUAGUAUCUCAAUCAAAUGAUAUUUUAACUGCUAUUGUUCAUGGUAUGCGAGCAACUGAGCCAAGUAACCAUGUUCGAUUGGCAGCAACUCAAGCACUUUUAAACUCUCUUGAAUUUACAAAAGCAAAUUUCGAUCAACCUACCGAGAGGAAUUAUAUUAUGGAAGUAGUUUGUGAGGCUACACAGUCUCCAGAUACUCAGAUAAAAGUUGCAGCACUACAAUGUUUGGUUAAAAUUAUGUCGCUAUAUUAUCAACAUAUGGAACCUUAUAUGGCGCCUGCUCUGUUUCCAAUUACUUUAGAGGCUAUGAAAUCUGAAAAUGAUGCAGUUGCUUUACAGGGUAUAGAAUUUUGGUCAAAUGUCAGUGACGAAGAAGUUGAUCUGGCUAUUGAAGAUACUGAAGCUGCUGAAUCUGGGAGACCUCCAGCCAGGGUCUCGAGACAUUAUGCGAAAGGAGCUUUACAGUACAUUGUCCCCAUUCUUCUGCAGAAAUUAACAAAACAAGAAGAAUUAGAUGAUGAGGAUGAUUGGAAUCCAAGCAAAGCUGCUGGAGUAUGUUUAAUGCUUUUAGCAACUUGUUGUGAAGAUGAAAUUGUACCACAUGUGUUGCCUUUUAUCAAAGACAAUAUUAAAUCUGAUAACUGGAGAUUCAGGGAUGCAUCACUUAUGGCAUUUGGAUCUAUACUUGGAGGGCUAGAAAGUAAUACACUUAAACCAUUAGUAGAGCAAGCCAUGCCUACUUUAAUAGAACUAAUGUAUGACAGUAGUGUUAUUGUGAGAGAUACAGCAGCUUGGACCUUUGGCAGAAUAUGUGAAAUAAUUCCUGAAGCUGCUAUUAAUGAAACUUUCCUAAAACCACUGUUAGAAAGUUUAAUUACUGGAUUAAAAGCAGAGCCACGUGUUGCUGCUAAUGUUUGUUGGGCAUUCUCUGGUUUAGCAGAAGCAGCAUAUGAAGCUGCUGAUAUUAAUGAAGAAACAGGAACUCCUGACACAUAUAUUCUUUCUCAAUAUUUUGAAUUUAUUGUACAGCGUCUUCUGGAAACUACUGAUCGUCCAGAUGGAGCACAAGCGAAUCUUCGACCUGCUGCUUAUGAAGCUUUAAUGGAGAUGGUCAAAAAUUCACCAAAGGAUUGUUAUGUUACAGUUCAAAAAACUACAAUGGUUAUUCUCGAACGAUUGCAACAAGUUUUGCAGAUGGAAACUCAUAUUUCCAGCCACAAUGAUAGGUCUCAAUUUAAUGACCUUCAAUCUCUUUUGUGUGGCACUUUACAAUCUGUCCUUAGAAAAGUUACUCCUGAGGAUGCUCCGCAGAUAUCUGAUGCCAUUAUGACUGCAAUGUUAACUAUGUUUAAUUCAAAUUCAUGCAAAAGUGGAGGUGUCCAAGAGGACGCGCUUAUGGCAGUUUCUACACUGGUGGAAGUGUUGGGUGAAGGUUUUAUAAAGUACAUGGAUGCGUUUAAGCCAUUCCUCUAUCUCGGUUUAAAGAACCAUCAAGAAUAUCAAGUUUGUGGCACAGCUGUGGGCCUAACUGGAGAUAUAUUUAGAGCCCUUAAACUAAAGGUACUACCUUAUUGUGAUGAAAUCAUGACUCUUCUUCUUGAAAACCUAGGUGACCAGUCUGUUCAUCGUAGUGUUAAACCACAAAUUCUAUCAGUGUUUGGAGAUAUGGUCCUCAGUAUUGGACCCGAAUUUAAAAAAUAUUUAGACAUAGUUUUGUCAACCCUAGCACAGGCAUCCCAAGCUCAAGUCGAUCGAAACGAUUUUGAUAUGAUUGACUACUUAAAUGAACUUCGAGAAGGUGUCUUGGAUGCUUACACUGGUAUAAUACAGGGACUCAAAGGCGAUGGUCCUUCUCCAAGUCCUGAUGUUAUGAUCCUUGAGCCACAUAUUCCUUUUAUUGUUCAGUUUAUAACUGUAGUAGCUCAAGAUUCGGAACAUUCUGAUGGAACUGUCGCUGUAGCUGCUGGUAUUGUUGGUGAUUUAUGUACAGCAUUCGGAGCACCUAUGGUACAGUUAUUGGAUUUGGAGCCCAUAAAUGAGAUGCUUGCUCAAGGUAGACGUAGUCGGAUAAACAGGACAAAAACUUUAGCUACUUGGGCUACUAAGGAACUGCGCAAGCUCAAGGCGGCCAACUCAACUGCUGCUGCUGCUAGCUGAUUAUAUUUGACCAGUUGUGGUAUAGAAGAAGUCUCACAAAGUUUGUGGUCAACGGCAUCUGUUUCCACAUGUAUGCAUGUAACCAAAAUUUAUAAUCUAUAAAUAUCACAUUGGAUUCUUUUUGACCAGUUUGAUUUGGCGAACUGCCAACCAACAAACAAACAAUAAGUCAUGUUCCAUUGCUAUUACAUUAUUUUUUUCUCUUUUUGUGUGGUAGGCAUGUUUGCCCCUAUCGCUGGUCAAUUACUUGACAUGGUAGUGUCCACCAGUACUUUUCGAUUUUUGGGGUGCCGAAUGUGUGUGGAUAUGAACUUUGCAAACUGUGAGUGCUACCUAUAGCUAUUGAACGCUUGUGAAUAGUGAUGUGACUUCUCUUUUACACCAUCAAGUUCCAUCUGAAGACUGCAAAGUUAAGUGAUUAAAUCCUCUUCGUCACUUUUUGUGACUUUUAAAUUGAUCUUUCUUUCACAAUGUAACUUGUUUAUAAUAAAGAAUUAUUAUCUUUCA